GCGCCGCCAGCAUCGGGAGCCUGCGGGCCGAGCCCAUCGCGGCGCUCAGACACUGCCCGCUCGGGCCGAGCCUGCACCGUUGCUGCGCAGCCCUCUCGGAAGCUCCGGCCGCCGUCCAGGCAGCGCCGCCUCCCGCUCCGGGGACCCGCGCCCAGGCCCCCCGCGCCCCCACCCAGCCCGCCGUGGACUGGCCGCGCAGGACUCGGCAGCCGGGGCCUUCUGAGGCUCGGCCCGGGCUCGCCACCGUCACCUGCUGGUUGGAUUCCGGAAACCCACUGCCGGCCGCCCAGAACAGAACACGCCCGGACUGCAGUCUCCCUACGCUUUUCAUCAGUUUUCUCAACCUCCGGAGGUUUCCGUGACCGGAAACUGCUACCCCCUCCUCCCCGCCACCGCCACCACCUGGUAGCUGGGGGUGAGCCGCAAACCUUGCUGCCUUGUUCUCCAGCCCGUGCCUCCAACUCAAGAGCCAGAAAGAACCGCAACCACCUAAAAUCCUGCAAGCCUUCCCCCCACCCCCCAGGAAGUGCUGCCUCUUCUCCUUUGGUGUGUCCUGUACGCCCCAAAAUUUCCCCUCCUCCUGUGCCCUCUUCGUCCCCCUCCUUUGGGGGCCCAGUGACCCUGAAUGUGGGGGGCACGCUAUACUCCACCACUUUGGAGACCCUGACUCGAUUCCCAGAUUCCAUGCUGGGAGCCAUGUUUAGGGCUGGCACUCCUAUGUCUCCCAAUCUCAACCCACAGGGAGGCGGCCACUACUUCAUUGACAGGGAUGGCAAGGCCUUCCGGCACAUUCUCAACUUUCUGAGGCUGGGCCGCCUGGACCUGCCCCGGGGGUAUGGGGAAACUGCCCUUCUCAAGGCUGAGGCUGACUUCUACCAGAUCCGGCCCCUCCUGGAUGCCCUGCAGGAACUGGAGGCUUCUCGGGGGAACGCUGCCCCCACAGCUGCCCUGCUCCACGCAGAUGUCGAUGCCAGCCCCCGCCUGGUACACUUCUCUGCUCGCCAGGGCCCACACCACUAUGAGCUGAGCUCCGUCCAGGUGGACACCUUCCGAGCCAACCUGUUCUGCACUGACUCUGAGUGUCUGGGUGCCCUGCGGGCCCGAUUUGGUGUAGCCAGUGAGGACAGGGCAGAGGGAGGGCCACACUUUCGACUGGAGUGGGCCCCCCGCCCCAGGGAACUCCCCGAGGUGGAGUACAGGAGACUGGGGCUCCAACCACUGUGGACUGGGGGGCCGGGAGAGCGCAGGGAGGUCCUGAGCACACCAGGCUUCCUGGAGGAGGUGCUGCGCGUAGCCCUGGAGCACAGCUUCCGUCUAGACUCUGUCUUCCCUGAUCCCGAAGACCUUCUCAACUCGCGAUCCCUGCGCUUUGUGCGACACUGAGAACUAAGAACAGUAGCUUCGGUUUGAUUGGGGGGUGGGCAUGGUAGUAGAGGGUAUGGAGGCUCCCCUAACGCCUCUUCUCCACUCUGAUCUGUGCGCUGUGAGAGCUGGGGACCCCACUGCACCUGACACACGGGCAAGAGUGUGGAACCUGAGUCCGCCCUGUGCUCACAGUGGUUUUGAGGACCUGGGCCGGCCCUGGCCCCCAGUGGGGCAGGGGAAGUUUUCCUGGCUUGAGUCUGGGGAACCUCCUUUCCUUGGUUAUAGCUCAGUAUUCAAGGUCCAGAGGAGUGGGGGCACAACAGUUAGGCCUGGAUGGACCCUGGAAGGUCACUUCAGUCUGGGAGGGAGAGGGGCUUUGGGUUGCUUUUAUGUGGUCUUCUGGAUGGCUUCUGAGAGGGAAGGUGGCCAGGCCUGGCCUGACCAGUGAGAUGUCAGGGCACUAUGGAACAUGGGGAAGAGGACUCUGCUGCUCUCCAGGUCACCUCCUUCAGAAGACAGCAAGAAGGGAGCUAGGGAGGAUUCCCUUUAGAAGCCUGAGUGUCCGACGUGGCUCAGUAUUGAUGGUGGUGCUAGUCAUGGUGGGAGGGGGGAUUGGCAUCUUGCCAGGGGCUGGCUUCUCUUCUUUCUCGUGUGCGCACUUCAGCCGGUGUCUGAGAUAUGUGUUCCUGGCACCCUGACUCCCAUCUGUGUCACCGGUGUCUGGGCGCCGGCCUUCCCAUGCUCUCUGCAUGCCCAGACCUGUUUGGGGUUGCCCAGCAACUGGUUUGGUACCAGGUGUGUCUGUGGUGUGGAUGUCAGUGAAUGAAAAAUUAAUAGCUUAAUCACAGGGGGUGUGCCUGUGCGCACGCAUGUGCAAUCACAUCGUCACAUUGGCAGGAGGGACCUGUUGGAAUGUGAGUCACCAGGCUCUUCCUGGUGAGAGGUAAGGCAAGUCACUGGGCUUAGCAGGCCUCUGAGGCCUGUAAGGAACUCUGGGUUGCUAAGGCAACAUGGGUUGUUGCUAGGAGAUAGCUGGGGUAGGCCCAAGGCUGCCCUGGCCAGAGAAGAGGUAGUUUAAGAGAGUGGGGGAGGAUAAAGGAUAGGAUUUCUGGAUCUUUCAGGGGAUGGGAAACUCCUGCACAACUGCUUUACUUGGGAGAGGCACUCACUCAUCGAGCAGGAUUUACAGAAUGAAAAAUAAAAUGCUUUUGGAACCACAAA